AUGGUCGAGAGGAAAGAGGAGGAGAAGAAAAAAGGUCGGCCGUCUCUUUCACUUUCAGAUGUCCGAAAACACACUCUCAAAGGAAAACAACAACAAAAGCGAACUCAUUCCGCUUCUACUUGCCCAGCUGUCACUGUUCCUGUCCCCGCCUUGGAUCCUUCUCCUAUGAGGCGAUCCACACGUCUGAACCCUAACCCCGACGCCGACGAGAGCGAGACGGACGAGGGAGACACCGACGAGAUCAAGACUGGCCAGAGCGAGAUCGACGCCGACAUGAGCAAGAGGAGAAUUGGAUAUAUGACUGACAAAGAUUGCGUCCGGUACAGGGAACAAGUUUGUAUGAGUGGUGGCUUUGAUGUUGAUCCCAUGCCUCAUGUCAGGGCUUUUGGUUUAAUUCAACCACUCGAUAUAAGCAAAAAGACUGGAUCUGAAUACCGCACAUGCAAAAUAAUUUCGCAGACCGCAAUCGACCAAAUCAACAAGCGCAGAGAACGAAGAACUGUCAAGCCUCAAACUCCACUGAAGUUUGUGAAGGUAUCGAAAGCAAUGCAUCAGUGUUGUGAUCUCUUUAGGUAUUAUGUAACUUUUGAGGCCAAGGAUGUUGGUGAUGGAGGCCAGACUAAGAUAUUUCAAGCCUUGGCUCGUUGGAGGAGCCCCCCCUUUGAUAAUUUUAAUUUCUCCUUGUUGUCUGUCAGGGAGUAUAAGGGUGAGAAAGGGGAUCAAGUUAUUGUUAUUCACACUGCAAGUGAACUGAAAAAACGGUUGGAGGAUGCUUCAAGGACAUCUCGACUGGCAAUCCUGUUCUUCUCUAAAGCUCGUCCUUGCCGUUUCAUUUCUCCUCUUUAUGCAAGCUUAUCCGUGAAGUAUCCGAAAGUUGUUUUCUUGAAAGUUGACAUUGAGGAGGGCCCUAAUGCCGAGGGCAUGGCUGUUGACAGGGGGAUUCGUAGGUUUCCGACCUUUCUCUUUUACAAAAGUGGCAAGGAGGUGGACAAGGUUGUUGGAGUAAACGCAAUUGCACUUAAAAGGAAGAUUCCACAGCACUCACGCAAGCAAAAGCAAGCUAGGCGUAAGCAAGCUAAAUCUUUAUCAGAAUAUGAAUUAUAG